GACGCCAUUUUGUUUUCUGAAAGAACAAGGAGAAGGUCUUUACCCUCUUAUACUUCACUGUAAUUUAAUUGCUGAGCUACACAAUGACUUAACGUAUAGAGGUUACCAUCUGAUAAAGGCAUAAAACAACACACUACAAUGUCGUACCAUUCUCUUCCUCAAGAGCCUGAUGAAAGCUAUGAUAGAAGCUUUGAUCGUUAUCAAGAUCAUGAAAAUCAAGACACAUCCAGUUAUGGCUACAACUACAACAACUAUCGACCACCACCAUCAAAUAGUCUUAAAGGGAAAGUGGAAAGCAAGUAUUGGCACACUAAACAAUCCGUCAUACAAAAAUUAGGAAAAGAGCAGGAUGUUUUUGUUGUUGCUGGAGAUGCUGAGGUUGAUGCUAGGCUUGAGGCCUUUAGACACAUCCAGAAGACUUGUAUUGACUUACUCAAGGCUAUUGAGAUAUAUCAAAACAGAAUAUUUGCUUUAUCACAAGAUGAGAACGAAAUGGGAAGGUUUCUUAGGGAACAAGGGUCACAAGAUAAAUCCAAAGCUGGCAAAAUGAUGAUAGCUGUGGGGAAGUCUCAAAGCUAUACAGCCCAACAAAGACUGAGUUUACGUACUCCACUUGUAAGAUUAUACCAAGAAAUUGAAACGUUCCGAUUCCGAGCUAUAUCAGAUACAGCAAUGACUGUUGGCCGUAUGGAGUCUUCUAGAACAGAAUAUAGAGCUAGCCUUCUAUGGAUGGCAGACUUGUCAAAAGAACUUGACCCUGAGGAAUGGAAGAGGUUGGACAAAUUUAGAGAGGUUCAAACCAAAGUCAAAUCUUGUAAAAAGAAGUUUGAGAAAAACAAGCACGAUGUCAUGCAAAAGGUAGACCUUCUUUCUGCCAGUCGCUGUAACCUGUUAUCCAGCACUUUGGCAGCAUACCAGCAAGCAAUGUUGAAAUUCUGGGAAAAUACGAGUAAAAGUAUGAGUCAGGUGGCUGAGCAAUUCAAGGGUUAUCCUGUUUAUCAAUUCCAAAUGUUGAAAAGCUUGAACCCACUGUUGGAUGGUGAUGAUAAAGAUGAAACCAAAGAAGAAAAGGGUGAUGAAGAAACACAGCAGGGUAAAGACGAUGAGAAAAAUGCUGAGGAGGCAACAGAACAGAAGGAAGAUGGCAAAGAUGAUGAUGACGAUGAUGAUAAACUUAUAUGUCUGGAUAAUUCUCCUGUUCACAAAAGACGUUCUUCCAGGGAAAACACAGAGGAUGAUGAUGAUGAAUUACUGGAAACAGACCUUUUGGGAGAAGGCUCUGGUGAACAGAAAGCGAAUGGUGGCCAGGCAAUAGAUCUUCUUGGUGGAGAGGAGGAACAACCUUCUGAUUACAAGGGUUCAGCUGACCUAUUGGGUUCUUUUAAUACAAAUGACAUUGAACCACCCAGCUAUGAAGCUGCCAAAGAUCUUUUGGGUUUAGAUAAAAAUUUUGAGUCAAGAGAUGGCCAUAUGACAGAUAGUGGUGCUACAGCAGGCAUGACUGCUGAUGAUCUUUUGUUUGGCUCUCCUAGUAGACAACCAACCAGUCAAAGCGACCUGGAUUUAUUGAGCGAUGUAUUUGGUGAUAAUCAACCCUCACAAGUUGAUCAAAACAGCUUCAGUAGUAAAUGGAAUGAAUUGUUUGGCGAUGGACCCAAACCACAGAUACCUUCACAGACAAUCCCAUCGUCGGCAUCGUCUGCACAGGCUCCCAAUGAUAACCAUCCAGGAUACCUGCCAUCAGAUUUAAUGGAUAGCCUUUUAGGAAUGGAUCCAUUUGGUAGCCCUGCUGACACAAACAGACAGCAGGCUGCAUCUAACUCUAGUACCAAUGGCACUAGCCGUAAUCUAUUAAGUGGCCUCUCCAUGCCAACAAAGUCUUCUCUCAAAAGCUUAACCAAUAUUGGAAAAACAUCCAGUGGGAAAGAAAAACCAAGUAAAGGUGGCGACCAGUCAGCCUGGUUUAACCUGUUUUCUGACCUUGAUCCGUUAGCUAAUCCUGAUGCCAUUGGCCAAGGGAAAAAGAAAGAGGACGAACGUUCUUGUUAAUUGAAAUUGUCACCCAUUAUUAUUGCUUUGGGUUCAAAAUUUGGUUUCAUGAAUCAUUAUUGACAGUACRAUUGAAUGUACUGGGUGUUGUACAACAACAAAAGAUGCGGAAAGUUCAAGUUCAUCAUACUUUACAUCCAUAUGCACAAUAAUAUUAUUAGUUUUCCUACUUGGUAGAUUUUAAAGCAAAUAUUUAAAAAUGAGACAGUUUUUUCCAGGUUUUCGGUAAAAUGUUUCAUUUUAACUGAUCAGUUUACAUGAUUUUUAUGAUUGAGCUAUUAUUUUAAUAAUGAAAAAGCAUUUAAUAAUUAUUAUUUUGCAUGCUAUGUUAGGUAAUAAUGACUAAGACUAUGAGUUACUAAAUGUUUUCUCAAUGUUUCCUAAUAUAGCAGUUUUGCCAAGUUGCUUUGGCAGCUUAAAAAUAAUUCUCUGCCACUGUGAAAAAGGAAAGCGGUGCAUUCCAGAGGAAUUUUGCCUUGGAAUCCAUAAACAAAGCCAGAAAUCAGGUUUUCUUACUUGUCUGCUAUCAAAACGUUUAGGUUUAGAGUCAAAGAAAUAAUCUGGUCUGACGUCAUAAUGAUAAAUUAUAUGAUAUUACAGUAACAAACUGCAAGGGAUCAAUGAUAGAAUGUUUUUAGGAAGAAAUAUAACAGGAUUGGCCAUGAAAAUAGAUUGUAAAGUAUAAUAUGUAUUUAACUUGGUAUUAGAUAUUUAUUCUGUCUGUUUGCUUUUAUCAUAAAUUAACCUUUAAAGGCCCAGUGUGCACCAUUAUGCUUUGGGGGCAGCGAGGUGGCCAUUUUCAGUUUACUGAAAGUCUAUAAAUAAUUGUACUGUGUUCGAAUCUUUGACCAUCUCACUUUUCUAAGUGCUUUUUAAAAACGCUAAUAUAAGAGUUUUCAACAAUCUGAAAUUCGUUUUAUGGUGAUGUUUGGAUACUAGAAGUAUUUUGGUGCAAAUCAUAAUAAUAACAGAGGCAUGCAAAGCAUAAUGGUGCAAAGUAGGCCUUUAACAUGCUGAUUCUUUAGUCAGAAAUUAUAUCAGUUUCCAUUUAAGGAGGGUCAAAACAUAAAAUAUGGUAUCUAAUAAAGGAGUUCCAAUAUA